GUUUAGUAUUGUGUCUUAGCAGUAAUUGUGCGUAUAAACUCGGUACAAGCUGCACUGGAAUCGAGCUGCCGCACGCAGGUGGCUGCGAGAAAAGCAUGAAGAAAAAGCACCGGAAUCUGCAGGCGUGAUGUGGGACAAUAAGAUGCAAUACAUCUUGUCGAUGGUUGGCUUUGCAGUUGGUGUAGGGAACGUUUGGCGUUUUCCUUAUUUGUGUCAGAAGUACGGCGGAGGCGCUUUUCUCAUUCCCUAUAUCAUUAUGCUUUUUAUCGAGGGUCUUCCUCUGUUCUACUUGGAACUCUCUCUUGGUCACAGAUUCCAUUCUGGAACCGUCAACACAUGGCGUCAAGUCGCUCCCGCAUUUGCAGGGCUCGGAAUCGCUAUGGGCAUAACAUCAUACAUCACACAAUUGUAUUACAUUAUUGUGAUGGUCUGGAGUCUCUUUUAUCUCUUUAAUUCAUUCCACGAUCCGCUGCCUUGGAUGACUUGCAGUGACGUGCAUGGAACGACAGAAUUCAACGGCACCACAGUGAAUGUAUCCGAAAUUUGCAACAAUGGCAGCACAAAGUUUUACUGGUACAACACGGCCGUGCAGGCAUCGUCCGAUAUUGAACAUCCCGGGAAGAUGAUAUGGCAAUUGACUCUUUGUCUUCUUCUGUCGUGGGUCGUUCUCUUUAUUUGCCUGAUAAAGGGCAUCAAAUCGACAGGCAAAGCUGUCUACUUUACUGCUACUUUUCCGUAUGUUGUGCUGCUGAUUCUGUUCUUUCGUGGCGUCACGCUAACUGGAGCCGGAGAAGGCGUUGCAUUUCUCUUCACUCCUGAUUGGUCUAUCUUGUAUGACCCUAUUGUAUGGCUCGAAGCCGCGGCUCAGAUUCUCUAUUCUCUUGGUGUUGGAUUUGGAUGUCUGAUUACGUACACGAGUUACUCGGAUCCAGGCAAGCGGCCUACUCCACUGAAGGACACAUUGUUGGUUGCGUUCAUAAACUGCGGAACGUCAGUCUUUGCUUCCAUUGUCAUCUUUGCUAUUCUUGGAUUUAAAGUGCACAAACACAAGCAUGAGAGUAUUCAAGAUGUAGCCAGUGGUCCAGGACUGGCAUUUAUCGCGUUCUCUGAAGCACUCGGUCAGAUGCCUGGUGGUCCAUUUUGGUCCGUGCUGUUUUUUCUGAUGCUCGUGAUGUUGGCAUUGGACAGCAUGUUUGGGCAGAUCGAGGUUCCUCUUACCGACUUGCUUAGCGAACUCGGUCACAUGUGGCCAUUUCGGACGAAAUGGCGGAUCUUAACGAUUCUAUCUGUCGUCGGACUGCUUCUAGGUCUGGUUUUUGUGAUACAGUCUGGUUACUAUACGUUUCAGUUGUUCAAUACGUAUUCGGUGAGUCUGCCAUUGCUUGGUAUUGCUCUGUGUGAGUGUAUUACCGUUUGUUGGAUUUACGGUGUCGAGAGAUUCCGAAAUGAUAUGGAAGUCAUUACGGGCAAACUUCCGCACAUGAUUUGGGUGUAUGUGUGGAAGUACGUGUGUCCCAUUGUGAUAUUGUGUAUUCUCGUCGGCAGCAUCAUCAAGCAAGGAAUCCAUCCCCUCACCUACCACAUCUAUCACAAUUAUAUCGAGUCGGCCGAUGGCAAGUACCCAUCUUGGUCUCUCUUCUGUGCUUCGUUCAUCAUUCUUGUAGCCAUCGGGCCUGUGCCGAUUGGAGUGGCUUGGUUCUAUAUACGAAGAUGGAGAACAAGAAGUGUGUAUUCUUUGAAGAAACGCUAUGAUUUACGAACAGAAAAGCAAACAGCUAAUUCUGCCGAUAUGCGAUCGUACUCUUCAGUGGACGAAGACAGACUGUGAUAAUUUAUUUACUGACUGUCAUGGCUGUGUAUGUAGGUCAUGAAUUCUGCACACGUUUUUUGUGUUUGAUGAUAAUAUGUAUAGUCCGUACACAGUCUAUUGACA